CAGCAGGGCGCCCUAGCGAGCGCGGGCCCGGCGCCGGGCCCGGGCAGACGGCGGGGGGCGUCUCCGCGGAGACUCUCUUUGAGGCCCCUGAGCGGCGAGGGCGAAGGCGAAGGCGAGGCUAAGUGGGGCCGAAAUCAUGAACCGGAGUUUUCAUAAGUCUCAGACCCUACGCUUCUACGACUGCAGCGCAGUGGAAGUCAAGAGCAAGUUUGGCGCUGAGUUCCGGAGAUUCUCCUUGGACCGCCACAAGCCUGGGAAGUUUGAGGAUUUCUACCAGCUGGUGGUGCACACCCAUCACAUCUCUAACACCGACGUGACCAUCGGCUAUGCUGAUGUGCACGGGGACCUGCUGCCCAUCAACAAUGACGACAACUUCUGCAAGGCGGUCUCAAGUGCAAACCCCUUGCUUCGAGUCUUCAUCCAGAAGCGAGAAGAGGCAGACCAUUACAGCUUUGGAGCAGGCACUCUGUCAAGGAAGAAAAAGGUGCUGGUGACCCUGAGGGAUGAGGGCCUGCGUCGGCGUACCCACCUCAACAUCAGCAUGCCACAUGACUUCCGCCCAGUGUCAUCCAUCAUUGAUGUGGACAUCCUCCCCGAGACACACCGCCGAGUGAGGCUCUACAGACAUGGCUGUGAAAAGCCACUGGGCUUCUACAUUCGAGAUGGCACCAGCGUGCGUGUCACGCCCCACGGGCUAGAAAAAGUACCAGGUAUCUUCAUUUCUCGAAUGGUGCCUGGGGGCCUUGCAGAGAGCACUGGGCUCCUGGCUGUGAAUGACGAAGUCCUGGAGGUGAAUGGGAUUGAGGUAGCUGGAAAGACAUUGGAUCAAGUCACAGACAUGAUGAUAGCCAACAGCCACAACCUCAUCAUCACUGUCAAGCCGGCCAAUCAAAGGAACAAUGUGGUUCGCAGCAGCCGCACAUCUGGCAGCUCUGUCCAAUCCACAGACAGUACCACCAGUCACCACAGCCUGCCAGGGGCCCAUGCUCUGCCGAAUUCUGAAGAAAUGGAGAGCGAUGAAGAAGCCGACAUCGUCAUUGAAGGGGCUCUAGAACCUCAACACAUUCCCAAGACACAGGCUGUACCUCCAGGCAGCCUCUCGAGGGCCAAUGGCACCAGCCUUGCUCACAGGCUGCACAGAGGGGACAUGAGCCUGCAUAGCUCUGGGAGGGAGAGCAAUGGUAGCAUCCACAGAUUUCUCAGCUCUCUGAAACCAGACCCGCGACACAGCCUGGUCCUCCCCCAAGGAGGGGUGGAGGAACACGGGCCGGCCAUUACACUCUAGGGCUUGAGCACUUGGGCAGGCUGAAGUCCCAGACAGACUGUGUUGUCACCGAGACCCACAGGUGGCAAGUAUUAACCAGCAUGUAAUACUGUUAGGUGUAUAGUGACUCCAAAGGGAAAUGCUUUACAUUUUUAUGUCAAUUUUAAAAUAAGAAAUAUAAUUCUGUUCUUUUUUUUCUUCAUCAUUCCUACAACCUUAUUAUUUAAACUUUUGAACAAGAAUACUAUUUUUAUAGGAUUUUUCCACAGAACUUAAAAAUAUGCACAACUGCAAAUUAUCUGGGCCAGGCCUCAGUGCAUGUCCAGAACCUUUGCGGAGUAAAACAAAACACAAAAGUGCGGAGAGUAUUUUUAACAUUUUUUAAAUACUUGUUUUUAAAAAUGAAGCUUUAUAGAUAACUUUUUUAAAAUAGUAAAAUUCAUGUUUUUAACCAGUUCGUGUAAAAAUAUCUUAUGAUGCCUGAGUGCUCUACUGACCCAAUCAGGCUGUGACGGGUAAACAGGAGCUAACAGCUGGGUCCCAUCACAGAAAGGCAGUGUUCACUGUUUACAGCCAGCUCAGAAAGCCCUCUGGCCUAUACCUAAGAACCGCCAGGAUUACAGUGCCCUGCAUCUGUGGAGCUGUCCCAGCCACAACAGUGAGGCAGUCACUGCUGUUGUCUUAAAGUGGAUUUAGGGAUCCAGCAACCCUGCUGGCUAGAAGGUAAGACCAGUGAUAACACGUGGGAUUAAAAGCCAACUAACUGUUCCAUCCAUGUUUUCUUUGGGUUGGCUGACUAGGGUGCUUUUAAGACGUCAUUAGUAGAGAUGAGUGUCACACUGUUCCAUCCGUGUUUUCUUUGGGUUGGCUGACUAGGGCAGUUUUAAGACAUCGUCAGUAGAGUGUCACAUCUCUAAAGGCCCACAGCAGUGAGUGGGGUGGAUGUACAUGUUAGCUUUGCUUCUGAGACAACUAGUUAUUUUUAUAAGAGAUUAGAGCAUGUCAAUGCCUGUUCCCAGAAUAGUGAUCAAUGGCAGGAAUUAUCUUAACUAGAACAAGUCACAUGGAACUUAAGAGUUUUGACAGAUCACUUUUCUUUGAACUUCUUAGAGAUUAAUGUCUAAUCCAAUUGUAUUUUAUAUGAAUUGUGCUUUCUGUUUGGAUACAGUGUUGGGAGAGAAUAUCACAUUAACUAAGAACAAACUGACCAAGUGAAUCCUUCAUGUAAAUAAAGGUUUAAAGCAUCUUCGUCUUCCAGGUGCCCCAGAGGCUGGCUGCCCUUAUGGUCUAGCGUCACCUGCUGGCGAGAUGCAGAACUGUCCUGACUUCAGGAAUGCCAGCUGGAGAAUGCAUCUCAGCAUUGUCCUUUGUCCAGAAUUCAUCCAGUCAAAUCGUUUUUUCCUUUGGGGAACUGUUUACUGGGCAGAAGUGCCUUUGCCUGAGGAUUGUUACCUUGGCCUGUGUCUGCUUCUCAGUUACAUGCCGAGUAUCAUUACUCGGUGCAAGAUGCUCGCUGGGUCUCGGUGAGGAUCCAGACACCCAGAUUCAUGGCUUCCAAACUGUUAAGAGCAGCUGUUGUGUUUCUGUGUUGCUGCAGCGAUCUGGAAUGUUUUUUACUAAGACAAAUAUUACAGAACCAAAAACAACUGACGCUCAGUUCUUACAUGACUUGUCCUCGGCUAUACUGUUGCUUGGUGUUCUGUGUUAAACACACUGUGUUUGCUACCAAGAAAGAAAGUUAUGUUUCUUACCAUGGUUAAGUUAUUUGGUAAAUGUGAAUCAGUUUAUUAAAAAAAAAAAAAUUUUUUUAAAACAAGGAGGCAAGCCUUUGUGAGCGCUUGCCUGUAAUUACAUGUGUUUAGCAGAUGCCUGAGAGUAUUUUUCUAAACAGAACUUUACUCCCACCAUUUUAUUUCUUCUUUCACAAGAA